UGGAAGCAACGUGGACUAUAUCUAGUUGUUUGACUCAGAAAGGUAGGCUAUAGUUUAGUGUGUUUCAGUUUGCUUUAUUUGUCAAUAUCUACAACAAAUAGCCUAUUAAGAAUAUUUGUUCAUUUCUUUGAAUUUAUAAGCCAAAAAGUUGUUUAGAUGAAUUACUCAGCAUUCAACAACGUUGACGGUGGGCUAUUCUCCAAUGGGAGUAGUGAUAGCUUUCUCAAGUGCUGCAACCUGUCAUCCGCGGUCAUGGAUAACGGUUCUGUCGCCAAUGCACUGGAUGAGCGGAACUUUCUCGUGAUGCGCAUGGUUCAGAUCGCGGUGAUGAUCGUACUAGCACUCACCGUGGUCUUUGGUAUUUUCUUCCUGGGUUGUAACUUGCUCAUCAAGUCGGAAGGAAUAAUAAACUUUUUGUUAACGGACAGGUCGGGCGGCAUGGGCGAAAUGUCUCCUGUGUGACCCUAACCUCUGUAGCCUGUAUUUUCUAAGGAUGGAGGCUAUAGACUAUAGGUCCGACAUGAAGAGACGCUCUUUUUUUUAAAUGUGGCGCUAUUUGAGUGUACAAAUCAAUGUUUUAGCCUGCUGAAUGGCUGUAGCCGCCGACUCCUCUCCUAUGGAAUGGUUUCACCCAGGUCUAAUCAGCAUCCAACAGUGAGCCCGUGUCCAUACAGCCUGUUUAGAAGGAUACCACUGGGAACUGUAUGAGAUAUCUACCUUGUGCAAUCCCUGCAACCCUUGCUUGAAUUCUCAGAAGAUUCAAGCUUUCUUAAUUUGGUGAAUGUCUAACAAAAGCAACAGAUCCUUUUCUCCAUCUUUGUCAACUUUUUGCGUGCCACCCUGAACUUCACUAGAGAUGAAUUACACGGCAUUCAACGACACCGACACUGGUUUGUUCUCCAACAGCAGCGAUGGCUUUCUCAAGUGCUGCAACAUGUCCUCGGUGGUCACGGACAGCGGCUUUGAGGCGACUGCACUGGCCGAGCGGAACUUUUUCAUCACGCGCGUGGUCCAAAUUGCUGUCAUGUGCGUGCUCUCACUCACCGUGGUUUUCGGCAUCUUCUUCCUCGGCUGCAACUUGCUCAUCAAGUCCCAGGGAAUGAUCAACUUUCUAAUGACGGACAGGAGACCAUCCAAAGAUGUGGAAGCUGUGAUUGUUGGCACGUAUUAGAGCAGAUGUUCCAUCUGAAAAGACGAGAUACACACAUUUAAGUAUUUUGCGAAGAUAGCACUCACUCUAACUGCAGAUGGACGCAGGGGAUCUGAUGUUUUGGCAGACAGACAGACAGAGAAAUUCUUGCUUUAGGACUAAGAACCUUGUUUCUAGAAAAAAAGCCAACGGCAUUUCACCAUCUUAAAUCUUUUUACGGAUCACUUCCAACAGGGUCUUAACCACUGUGAAUGUAGCAUUUGGAUGGACAUGUGUUAUCUUUGUAGUUCUUAAGAAAAUAUUAUAUGGAGAUGCUCCGAGAUACAUGUCGGUGUGGGAUUUUGAUACACGUUCUCUUAACUGAUUUUGGAAAUUAUAUGAAAUGAAUGUUAUCUGUAGCCUAUAUGAUCAAUGUGAGUGUGUUGAAGAGCCUUUGUAUUUUCGUUUAAAUAUGACCCAGGAAAUGUCCAGGGUAACAUUCCAUUAGUGAUACAAUGCAUGUUUUUAAUCGUAGUCCCAAAGAAAUUAAAUGUAAUGUAGGCUACAGUAUUUGGUUAAUAAAUGCCACCUGGAGCUAGUUGUCAUUCAA